AUGCCAAAUUACAGGACAUUGCCGUGGUGUCUAAUGCCCUCUCCAGGCUCCUCUUACAUCACCAUUCCUGUGUCCGUUGGCUAUCACGUCCGUACUCUGCUCUCCGAAGUUGCAGUACAAAAUCGCCUCGUCGAAUAUAAUUCCCGACUAUGGGAUCCCUCCGCCGUCCUUCGUCGUGGAAGUCGGGAUACUUCAGCAGCUGGGUAUUACAAUAGUGCAACAGUGUUCUGGGAAUUUUGGAAGCAAGCUCCAACACAACAAUCUUGGGUUGGAAAUAGCAGGAAAAUCCUGCCCUAG